UCACCGAUAUAUCUUUGAAUCUUUCCUCCCCUGUUUCCUUCUCUUUCCUUUAUUCCAUUAACAUUAUAUUAUAAUAAACACUUCAAUAUGGAUUGAUGUUUACCAAUUAAGCAGGCCACUCCUCAAAUCAUUCAAUCUCUCUUUCUCUCUCCAAACAUCUAAUAUCUAAGAUCAAAUGGUAAUAGAGAAGAAAAACUAUGAUCAGCAGGAACAACUUCUGUUGAAGUUGGAGGACGGCGCCACUAUUGCCGCUGAUUAUGACGGCGGCGCCACCCUUGUUCUUUUCUUCAGCGUCUUCAUUGCCGUUUGCGGCUCCUUCGUCUGCGGUUGCGCUCUGGGUUAUAGCUCCCCUGUACAGUCUGGAAUCAUGGCUGACUUGAAUAUCUCCACAGCAGCUUAUUCCCUGUUUGGAUCAAUGGUGACUGUUGGAGGAUUAUUAGGCUCACUAAUUUGCGGUAAACUUACUGAUUACAUUGGCCGUCGAGGGACUAUGUGGUUAUCUGACAUACUCUACUUCACUGGGUGGCUUGCAAUAGCAUUUUCUAAGGGUGUUUGGUCACUUGACAUUGGCAGACUAGCCGUGGGUUUUGCUAUGGGGCUUACUAUUUACGUGGUUCCUGUAUACAUUGCAGAAAUUACCCCUAGAAACCUUCGUGGAGGGUCUGUUCUUCUUUCUCAGUUGAUGUUAAGUUGCGGAAUAGCUCUAGUUUACAUUUUAGGACUUGCAACAACUUGGCGCGCCUUAGCUUUGAUUGGUGCUGCACCCUGCAUCAUACAAUUCUUGGGCUUAUUCUUCAUUCCAGAGUCUCCUAGAUGGUUGAUAAAGGUUGGUCAUGACAAAGGUUGUGAAACUACCCUACAAAGACUCAGGGGAAGGAAAUUCGAUAUAGCUCAAGAAGCAGCUCAAAUCAAAGAUUGUUCUGAAACUGUUGAACAUGUCUCUGAAGAUAGCUUCUUCAACGUUUUCCAAAUGAAAUAUGCUUUCGCGCUUACAAUAAGUAUUGGGUUAAUGGCGCUAUCAGCAUUUGGCGGGACAAAUGGGAUUCUAUUCUAUGCAAAUACAAUAUUUGAAUCAGCUGGAGUUUCAGGCACUUUGGGGACCGUUACAAUGGCUCUCAUCCAGCUUCCCCCAACUUUUCUGGGUGUAUUGUUGAUGGAUAAAUGUGGAAGACGGCCACUUUUGCUGGGUUCUGUCAUUGGGAUGGGAACAGCUUGUCUAUUCGUGGCCUUGUCUUUCUUGAUGAAGGAUCAUGGGUGGAUGACGGGUUUCAGUCCCUAUUUGGCACUAGUCGGCAUUCUGAUUUUCUCUGCAGCAUAUCCCGUGGGAAUGGGAGGGAUACCGUUUGUUAUAAUGUCAGAGAUAUUUCCAAUCAACGUAAAAGGGGCAGCUGGAAGCUUAGCGACUAUAGUCAAUUGGUCAAGUGGUUGGGUUGUCUCCUACACUUUCAACUUUAUGAUGGAUUGGAGCUCUUCAGGAACAUUCUUCACCUUUACUAGCAUCAAUCUACUGGCAUUGCUAUUUGUGUGGAAACUAGUUCCGGAGACAAAGGGACGCACAUUGGAGGAAAUACAAGAAUCACUUACUCAUACUCUCUAUUAGAACAUGUACAUGUUAUAGGAGAAUAUAUAUACAUGUACAUAUAUAUAUUCAAAUUUAUUAUUCAUAUACGUAGUAGUAGGAUAUGAUUUUUUUUAACAAUUUUUUGUUGGAGAUUAAGAGUAUAUAAAUCCAACCUAGUUUAAGUGUAAAAAGUGUUAAAGUGUGUAUGAAGAUAUAAAGUGAUGAAGGGUGAAAUCUUUGUAAUAAUACAGAGUACUUGGUAAGAAAAUUCUUACACAUAUAUGUAUAGCUCAUCAUAUCGAGUAAUUGUUCGGGUGAUUUGCGUGUUGUGUACAUUUUUGUAGCCUGCUCUACACAUACAAUGAGUAAAUUCUAUGAGAAGUUAUAUAUUGUGUGGUUAAGACUACAA